AUGUUGCCUUUCCUGAAGUUUGUGCCGUUGGUACUCUCCACCGCGGCGUUAAUCUGCUUGGCUGUGGCCUUUUCCGCUUGCACAUCAACGUCCUCCCCGCAAGACCUCUUCUUCAUGGAGGGCAACGUCAUCGACAGCAUCACAGGGUCGGCAGAGAAUACGGUCAGCCAGGUCGGUGAGCAUGUUCAGAAUCUAGCGGGCCAGCUGCAUUCACUCCUCCCGGAGUACUACGCGGUCGGCCUGUGGAGUUAUUGCGAAGGCAAGCAGGGCGUCCAGGCUUUCUUAAACUGCUCAGGGCCCAGUGCCUCCUUUUCCUUUGACUUAGUCGACCUUCUUUCUAGUCGCCUGGGCCAGACAGAUGGAGUUUUAGCAGGCUGGACGCAGCCAGUCCUGAAGGGAUAUCGCCGUGUGUCGCAUUGGAUCGUGGCCGCCUACGUAAUGGCGUUCAUUGCCGCAUUCAUUGCGGUCGUCACCCGUCUGGUCGGGUUCCCGUUAGCAAAGCUAGUUGCCAUCAUAUCUUCAGCAGUGUCAUCUCUCUUGGUCAUUGGAGCGUCUGUGACGGUGACAAUCAUGUAUCAACUGCUCACGCGGGGCAUCAACAGUACGUUGGAGCAAGCAGGCAUCUCUGCCAGUCUUGGACCACGGAUGCUGGCUACAACAUGGCUCGCUGUGGCGUUCUCGGUGCAAGUUCUGGCAAUCCAGGACGGUAUGAAGGGCGCGCUGCGCAUCUUCGAUCCUCUCCGUGAAUCGUGGAAAAUAUCGGACCGGAAGCUGCAUACGCCAAAGCAUUUCCCAAUUAUUCGUCUCGUGUCCUACUGUGCUUGUUCAGGUUUUGGUGCCUUAUAUCUCGGUCUUCACCUCCGUCUGCGCAAGCCUGCCAAGAUUUUUCUCGCAAUGGGCACGUGCAUUUUUGCAAUAGAGACAAUAUAA